AUGGCAACUCAGACCAACGAGGAGGCCCUGAGCCACCUCGAGCAGCCACCGCCACCACCACAAGUUGCUCCUCCUCAACAGCAACAGCACGAGGAACAUGAAGAAGAGCUUUCGUUCCACACCAUCCUGCAAGGAAUACUUGUGCACUUUAUGCUUGGCGAUCUCGAUCGCAACGCUCCAUUUUUGCAGCAGGUGUCCACCAAGUGCCGCGAACUGCUGGCCAAGGACUACAUCGUUGAGGACCUGGACAACAGCGACGGCCACCUGUGCCCGCAUUACCCGCACACCAUCUUCUUCCUCGCCGACGAUCGCAACAGCAGCAGCGACAGCGACGCCGCCACCACAACAACAACCACCACCAACACCACCGCGAACAACAGCAGCGGCAACAUCAACGACGACAACACCAACAGGAGCAACAGCGAUGAUGAAGAAGAAGGCGACGAUGCAUCCACGGCUGCCAGCCAGCGCGCCGCGAACCUCAAGAAGCUGCAACGGCUCAUCCGCAAGGCCCAAUAUGCGCGCUGUCGCCGCCGCUUCCCCGUGCCGGUCAUUCGCGCCUUCAACAAGCACAUCUGCCGGUCGGCCACGCUGUCGACGUAUGAGGAGAUAAUGUUCCGCCUGGGCGUGUCCUCUGUGUACGCGUAUGCCUCCAAGUACUUCAGCGACAGCAUCACCCCCGCCGCCACAGACUUUGAGCACACGGACGUCGACGACGACGACGACGAUGGUGAUGGCGAUGGUGACGAUGAUUGUGGUGAGCAGGCGCACCUUGGCCAGGAUGACGUGCGCGCGUGCGUUGGUGGCAGUGGACUGCGCGGCUGCACAGCCAUUGAUGCGCACGAAGGAAUGGCCGCAAGCACAGACGAGCAGCAGCAGUACGACGACCAGCAGCAGAAUGGUGGCAACAGCCGUGCACAAGGAGACGCGCUGACAAGCGCAUCCACAGCUGCGGCCACCAGCGAAGUCCACAGCCAUAACAAUGGCAGCAACAGCAACAGCAGCAGCAGCAGCAGCAGCGGGACGGGGAGCGUGCCAUCCACGGAAGCGCCUACCGAGCGCGGCGAUGGCGUUGAUGUUGAUGGCGCUGAGGUGGUAGCCACACUGCACCAGCACUUGACAACAACGACGGUGCACGAUGUGCACAUUGGCCUGAAGCGCCGCGCCGACGAGCAGAACACCACCGCCAUCGAGGAUGGAGAGAACAACGACACCACCUGUACUGGCAACGCGCUUGCUGGCGAUGAUGAUCAUGAUCAUGAUGGUGGUGAUCACGAUGACGAUGUUGUUGUUGUCGAUGGCAGCGCCCACCGCGGCGACGGUGCCGCUGUUGCCGACAGGGAGCAGCGCGAGCUCAUGGCGAACAUGGCUGCCAUUGUGCACGAGAGCGAGGAAGAGGACGAGGAGGAGGCGGUGAUUGUCCGCCACACGUCCACCAGCAGUGAGAGCGGCAGCAUCACCCCGCGCGGCUUCAGCAGUGCCACAAGCGGCGCACAAACGCCAAAUAAGAAGCCAGAGUCUGCCCGGGUGGUGUCGCAGCACCGCAGUGCCGACAUCCAACUCCUCGACGCUCUGAACGUGAAGUGGAUCUUUGAUCUGAUGGUUGAGAACCGCAAGCUCAAGUACCGCUAUUACGUCUCCUCCUCAGAGAAGGCCGACGCAGAACGCCGCUACGACCGGUUCUCGAUUGUGGCGGUUCCGUAUCCAGGGGUGGAGGAUUUUGCCCACUGCGAAGCAGACGAGUUUGACGCCUUUGGAAAGCGCAUCGACUGGACCAACCCGCGCUUUGAUGCGGAUGUGUCCAUCCCCUAUCAGCCGUCCGCGAUCAAUAUCGACUAUGAGCAGUAUCGCACGUGGAAUCUUGGCGAGAUCACGGCAAACUACAUGAAGCUCCUGGUCCACCUCAUCGCAACCGGCACGGGCGAAGGUCUUCUCCUUCACUGCAUCUCCGGCUGGGACCGCACCCCGCUCUUCACGUCUCUCCUGCGCCUCUCUCUCUGGGCGGACGGCGUGUCACACGCGUCGCUGUCUGCGGAGGAAGCGCUGUAUCUGACGGUGGCGUACGACUGGGUCCUCUUUGGCCACCAGCUCUCCACCCGCCUCUCAAAGCACGAGGCAAUCUUCUUCUUCUGCUUCGACUUUCUCCAGCACCUUGCUGAUGCGGAGUACGCCUGUCCCGGAGCAACAGUGGACGCGAGCGAGCGGCAUGCGCGGCUGCUGCGCGUGCGGGAGCUGUUCAUUGCGUCAUACCGCAGCGCGCGAACCAAGCACGAGGAGGUGUUGAAGCAGCAGCGCUGGUUCCCCAUGGGCUGGCUCUCCGGCAUCCUCUCAAGCAUCACUACUUCGAAGCAGUGACACACAACAGCGCACCAGCUGCAAAGUCGGCAC